UCGGGUGUAUGUGCACAUUAAGGUCCAGGAACUCCUGCAGCACACUCACUAUAUGCAAUGACGAGACGAUGCUUAAGUUGUAUUCAUUUAAACUCUAGUGCAACGGAUUCAUGUCACAUUUUGGAGGAAACUUUUUCCUUUUUUGCAUACCUGGCGCCUGGAGAAGUGCAAAGCUUAGUGGAUUAGGAUCAGCUUUUUUCUCGUGCAGUUACAUGCACAACGCAAUGCAACAUUUGGCAGAAAAGUAGAAGUGGAAAGUGUAAAAAUAACCCAAUAAUAGGGAUGUGUUUUCCCAUAGUAGUAUAAGAAGAUGUAUUGCUAGUAUAGAAGUUGCUAUGUGCAGUCAGGGCAGUCAGUAUAUACCCACAUAUAUUCAUAUAAAAGUAUUCCCACAGUGAACACUGUUGUUGAAUGUUUCAAACUUUAGCUCUAGAGAUGUCCACAUGGGGGUCGUUAUAGGGGGGUUACACACGGAUAGCGUUAUACCAGCUUUUUCGUUUAUAGAGGGUGAAAUGAUUUAAAAUAUAAGACUCAUUUGUCUUAUUAAAAACUUGUGAAAAUCUGAUUGGUUUCGUAGAAUUUGAAAAAGCUCCCUACUCGCUUUGUAGGGUGUCACUACAUAGUGGGCGCUAUUUCUACACCCAGGGUGUCGUCGCAGUUAAUGACGUCACUGUUACUACUGUCGCAUCGUUAUUACGUGUAGCUCCCCUGCUCCCAUAACUUACACAUUACUAAAGCAUGAUGAAUUUGUAAACAAAUACGUGUCAUGUACAUGAGAUAAUAAAAAAAGUAUGUUUUUAAAAAAAAAAAAAAAAAAAAGUUUCACAAUUUCGCGACGAAACUUCAAAAUGUCUCUCACGCUGGGUAUAGACUGUGAUUUCUGAUAUUAUCGGAUAUUAUUUGACGUUGUAGUAUUUAUGUUUUCUGCCUUGCUUCCUGAAUUUUAUUGUAAUCCUCGUUGAGAGUCUGUAGGUCCAAUUGUUCAAUAAUAAUAAUGAUAAUAAUAAUUAAACGUAUAGUCUAAAAACACACUAAAAAGUCCUUCACCGGCGAGCUACUUACUUUUUUUGAGCCGUGAAAAUGUUUCCUGGCGGGACCCUUCUUGUACUUUUCAUAAAUCAGAUGAUUUUGAUGAGAAGAAACCGGCGUAACUUAGGCAGAAAAUCGGCAGAAAAUAGCAGACACAGUCCCGGAAGUCCGCGCUGAUUGGCUCCUUUCUGAUUCCGGGAAAACUGAAUCUCGUGUUGCGCGUUGAGUAGCGCGAGCCCUCUUUAGGUCCCUGUGUUCAAAACAAGGCGGAGACUCCACGGUACCGAAGUGUCCCAAAAACUUUAAUCACCCUAAGUUUUUUUUGUUUUGGAUCAGUUUUUCAUUAUUUUCACAAUGGACGGAGCAACAUUGUUCGCCUUUGUCGUUAUUGGCUCGUUGACCGGCGACGAAAAACGUCUCAUUAUCGACCAGAUUCAGCUGAUUAAAGUACCAGAAGGAUCUAAUUUGACUCUACAGUGUCGGAUGAAUCCAGAGAUCAACCUAGAGGACUUGGCCUUGGAUUGGAGGAGAGUGGACAUCCCAAAUGUCUCAAAUCGCUUUGUCUACUCCCGUCGAGGUGGGAAGGAUCAUCCUGUGGAACAGAUGCAGCGAUACAAGAACAGAGCAGAGCUGAUUAAAGAGGACCUGACCAGAGGACGGAUGACUCUACUGAUCCCCACAGUCCAGCAGUCUGACUCAGGACACUUCAGAUGCUUCAUCUCAAACCUGAGCGUCAGCUUUAUUUUCAACAUUAACGUGACGAAGGAUCAAGAGACGACGACAAAGAGAGAGGAUGUCGCCACGACGACGCCUCCAGGAUACAGAGUCGUGAACCCCACUGUGUCUGGUCCUGUAGAGAAGAGAAACCACUGGAUCAUUCUUGGCGUCUGUAUUUGUUUCCUCCUUGUUCUUGGUUUCAUCAUUGGAGUCCUGGUGAAGAACAGAGAGACUGGUGAGUUGCAGACAUGUACUUGUACUUUAUUUUAUAUCUAAUAGUCAGACUUGACU